GGAAGGAUAUUGAUAUUUAACUGAUAAUCAUAUAUAGUUGUUCGUAGACAUGGAAGCUGGAACCAAAAUGCAGUCGCGCGCCGGAGAAGGAAACAAGCCCAGAGAUAUCCACCAUGUCAGUGCAAAGCGUCCCGACAUUCCCUCUUCGAUCAACUGAUGAAAAAGCCAUUCCCCUUAUCGGCUUCGGCACAGCCGAAUAUCUUUUCGGUGCUUCCAGGGAUACCUUGAAAGAAACCAUCAUCGAAGCUAUCAAACUAGGGUACUGUCGCUUCGACACAGCAGCUGUUUACCAAUCCGAACAGCCUUUAGGUGAAGCGAUAUCAGAUGCCCUUCGUCUAGGGUUAAUCAAAUCCCGAGAUGAACUCUUCAUUACUUCCAAGCUAUGGUGCAGUGAUGCACACCAUGACCUUGUGCUCCCAGCACUCCACAAAACACUCAAGAAUUUGAAGUUGGGGUAUGUUGAUCUGUAUCUAAUUCACUGGCCACUGAGUUUAAAGCCAGGUAAACAUGAUUUUCCUUUUAAGAAAGAAGACAUGGUUCCUAUGGAUAUAAAAUCUGUGUGGGAAGCUAUGGAGGAGUGUCAUGAUAUUGGCCUAACAAAAUCCAUUGGUGUAAGCAAUUUCUCCUGCAAGAAACUAGAAACCCUCCUUUCCAGUGCCAGAAUCCCACUAAUAUCAAGUAGUUUAUGUUCUGUUUGAGUCAAAAUUUCGAUUUAUUUUGGUACGUUUUGAUCAAUGUCGACGUAUAUUGAUGCAUAUCGGCUGGUAAUGGUCGGUAAAAAAUUUUAUAUUUUAAAUCAAUUUUUAUCUUUUAUUUUAAUCAUUUUGAUUUUUCUAUAAUUAAAUUUAAAUUUAAAU